AUGAGAGCAACUGAUAACAUCACUCCCAGCGUAGCGCCUUCUCCCGCAAGCCCCGCCAAGAAAAUGAAGCAAGGGCAGCCGACGAUUUCUGCCAAGUCUGCUGCCAAGUCAACAAAGUCAGCGACAUCGCCGUCGUCCGACCGAACUGCUAAGAAUUCUCCUCGUGCGGUGUGCAUGUGUGCUCCUACAAACCACCCCGGAUCUUUCCGUUGCCGUUUCCACCGUGCCCGCGCAAUCUCCUCGCAAAAAGUCGCAUCGUAUGAGCCCAAAGCGACCGGAAGAAGCGAUUGCAGAGACCGUGUCGCAAGAACACCCAGGCUCAGCAGGUUAUCUGCUGUUUCUAUGCAGGCCGCUUAA